CCUACUCCAGCGGACCAUCCUAAACCAAAGCUCAUUUCAAGCCUCACUCAACUCCCAGGUAAUGAAGCAAAAUUCCGGCACUUUCAAGUCAUGGCCGCCAUUCUCAAUUCUCAAAGUCGAUCAUUGACACUCUUAAGAAAGCAAUUCGUCAACUCUAACUCUCAGCCUCAUUCAACUCCCAGGUGGUAUUCCUCUCAAAACACCAAUACCCACAACGAGAACAAUGAUAACAACAACAAAGAACCAAACCACCAGAGUGUUAAACUCAAACCCAAAAAGAAAAAGGCUAAAGCCAUGGCUAGGCUCAUUAAUUCCAACCCUUGGUCAAAUGACCUUGAAACCUCACUCUCUGACUCGCUAUCCAAAACCAUUGUGCUCCAAGUUCUCCGCCUUAUCACAACCCCAUCCAAAGCCUUUCAGUUCUUCAAGUGGGUACAACAAAUGGGUUUCUCUCACACUGCCCAAUCAUACUUCAUGAUGUUAGAAAUCUUGGGUCGCCAUAGAAAUCUCAAUGUAGCAAGAAAUUUCCUGUUUUCCAUUGAUAAACGGUCUAAUGGGGCGGUUAAGCUCGAGGACAGGUUCUUCAAUAGCUUAAUUAGGAACUACGGUCGAGCUGGGUUGUUCCAAGAGUCUAUAAAGCUGUUUUCAACAAUGAAGUCUUUAGGGGUUUCGCCUUCGGUUGUUUCAUUCAAUAGUCUUUUGUCAAUUUUGCUUAAACGGGGUCGGACUAAUAUGGCGAAGAGUGUGUAUGAUGAAAUGCUUAGUACAUAUGGUGUUACUCCGGAUACUUAUACGUUUAAUAUUUUGAUUAGAGGUUUUUGUAUGAACACAAUGGUUGAUGAGGGGUUUCAUUUUUUUAAGGAAAUGGCACGUUAUAAAUGUGAACCGGAUGUUGUUACGUAUAAUACCCUUGUUGAUGGGCUGUGUAGGGUAGGGAAGAUUAGUAUCGCGCAUAAUGUGGUGAAGGGUAUGAGUAAGAGAAGUGUGGAUUUGAAUCCUAAUGUUGUUACUUAUACGACUUUGAUUAGAGGGUACUGUAUGAAACAAGAGAUCGAUGAGGCCUUGGUUGUUCUUGAAGAGAUGAGUAGUCAAGGGCUUAAACCUAAUGUAGUUACUUAUAAUACUCUAAUUAAGGGGCUUUGUGAGGCAGGGAAGCUGGAUAAGAUAAAAGAGAUUUUGGAGGGAAUGAAGGGAAUUGGAGGAUUUACUCCCGAUACAUGUACAUUCAAUACAUUAAUUCAUGCUCAUUGCAGUGCCGGAAACUUGGAUGAAGCAUUGAAAAUGUUUGAUAAGAUGUCUGAGUUGCAGGUUCAACCAGAUUCAGCUACAUAUAGUGUUAUAAUACGUAGCUUGUGUCAGAUUGGGGAUUAUGGUAGGGCAGAGGAGUUGUUUGAUGAGCUAUCGGAGAAGGAAAUCCUGUUUAGUGCUGUUGGUUGUAAGCCUCUUGUGGCUGCAUAUAACCCUAUGUUUGAAUAUCUGUGUGGAAAUGGGAAAACUAAAAAGGCUGAGAGAGUGUUUCGGCAGCUAAUGAAAAGGGGAACACAAGACCCUCCAUCAUACAAAACCUUAAUCAUGGGACAUUGUAGGGAAGGUACAUAUGAAGCUGGAUAUGAACUCUUAGUCUGGAUGUUAAGAAGAGAUUUUGUGCCCGAUGUUGAGAUCUAUGAAUCCUUGAUCAAUGGUUUCAUGCAGAAGGGAAAGCCUCUUCUUGCCCAGCAGACACUAGAGAAGAUGCUAAAAAGCGCUCAUGUCCCAAAAACAGAAACAUUCCAUUCCAUAUUUGCAGAACUUCUAGAGAUGGGCUGUGCUCAUGAAUCUGCCAGUUCUAUAAUGUUGAUGUUAGAGAAAAAAAUUAGACAAAAUAUAAAUCUCUCAACAAAAUGUAUAAGGUUACUUUUUGGUAGUGGGCUGAAGGAUAAAGCAUUUCAGAUUGUUGGCUUGAUUUAUGAGAAUGGAUACUCAGUUAAAAUGGAAGAAUUGGUUGGUUUCCUUUGCCAGAAUCGAAAACUGUUAGAUGCACAUGAAAUGUUGCUAUUUGCCUUGGAUAAGGAUCAAAGUAUUGACACAGAUAUGUGCAAUACAGUGAUUUUGGGCCUUUGUAAAAUGAAUAAACUCUCAGAAGCAUUUGGUUUGUACUAUGAAAUGGUGGAGAAAGGAGUAAAUCAAAAUUUGACCUGCCUAUAUGAUUUGAAAACUGCCCUAGAUGCUGGGGGAAGAUCACGGGAAGCUGGGUUUGUAUCUAAGAGGAUUCCAGAACAGGGGCAUUUGGACAGACCUGCUCCAAGUCCAAAGUCUAGCGCUGAGAAGUCAAGACCUCAAAAACUGUUGGAAACCUAGAAGAGCACCAGAAGAGGGCAGGAAGCCUUGCAUGGAAUGUCAGCUUCAAACAUCAGGACUCCUUGAUUAGCUUAUUGUUGAUGGUGAAAGAAUGUGGAGAGAGCCCAAGCUCAAUGUUUGAGCACAUGACAACUUUUGGAUAAUUUUUUCCAAGGAAUUGAAGUGAUUUGAGGGAAAUGCUGAAUAAAGUCUGGAUAUGAUUUUCAUAAGCGUAUGACUUUGGCUGUUACAUCACUGUAAAUUGAAGGCACAAAAUUCCCCACAUCCCUAUUCCUAUUCGCAUUUUGAAACACUGCUUUUCAAGGGAGUUAUUUUCAGCAUCUCAAAAAUUCUGACUGCAGGUAGCAAUCCAAGAACAUCUUGUGACUUGUGUUCGUCGCAGUUAUGGAAGAUUAAGGGAAUAAUAUGGUUUCCUCUACCAGUAUAUGACAACAAGAUUUUUAUUUGUUUAGGGAUGUGAAUUGCAUUGUGUUCAUUGUGGUUGUGGCAGAUUAAGGGAAUAAUACUGUUUACUCUACCAGUAUAUGACAAUAAGAUUUUUAUCCGCUUA